UCGCAUGAACGGUCCAGCCUCCGGUAGGGUUUUGAGAACUAUGGAGACUUGGAGUAAAAUGACCCAUUACAGAAAAUUGGAAGCUCGGUGGUGGAAGAAAGCCAUUGAUAGUGGAAACUGAGAGAUCUGAGAAGUGAGGAAGGUCGUCAAGAUCAGUCCGUUCUUAUUUACAGACCUUAAUUUUGUUCUUCAUGUCCCAUCUUAAUUCCUAAUAUGUUAAUAUAUAUAUAAAGAUGGGACCCAGGGAUUUGGGUAUUCAUUGUAUCUAGCAACUAAGCAAAGCCUCCCCAACUUUUUUUUUUCUCUAAGCAUCAGUCCUCCAAUUUUUUUCUGUUUUGGUUAUGCCAAUACGCUAUAUUGCGAUAACGAUUGGAGAUGUUCUACAUGACCUCUGUACUGAAUUCUUGGUGUAAAUGCGGUGGAAUCUCUUGUUUCUGAAAUGGGUUUCAGCUCAAAUGCAGCUAUGUGGCUUCUGUGUUGGGUAUUUUGACCCAUACCAGUUGUUUUGAUUUGUUUUUUCAUGUAUUUGAGUUAGUGGGUCUUAUUGAUCUUUGUGGUUUAGUUUUCUCUUCUCAAGUUAGUUUCUAUAAUUUGGUUUGCUUUCUUUUGGAUCAAAAGAGGAAUGGAGGAUUUUUUUUUGGUUUUUUUUUUUUUUUUUUUUUUUUCUUAAUCUGCAUGUAUAUGGAUUGUUUGUUCUGGGAUUUUUAAGGUGAAGGAUUAGGUAAGAUUUUCUGCAUCGAUUUAUGGAAGCUUUCCUUGAAUCUCGGAGGGUUUUUUUUUUUUUUUCUUUCAGGAAUGAAUGCAGAAGAUUCUCGUGAGUGAUUACUCUGAAUGUUUUAAAGACAGUAGAAGGUUUAGAGAGGAGAAAUCUUACCUUUUAUUUUUGGUUCCCUUUUUCUGGUGAGCUCAAACCUUGUGGUCAAAGAAUUUCUGUGACGAAAGAGAGACUUUUGGGUUGAGCUUUGGAGGGGAAUUUGUUUUCAUGGUAUUGGUUCUGAGUUGUGUUCAGUAAGGAUCGAUGGAGGGUAAUUUAUCAGCAGGAAACAUGAUUCCAGGUGCUUCUUAUGGGGUUGUGGACUUGCAGGGAUCGAUACAUGUUCAUCACCAACACCACCCGCACACCCUUCACCAACAACACUCCCAUCCUCAUCAGGGUUCUAUGGUCCAUCCAUCUAUCCAUGAUGUCUUCCCCCUCACGGUAGGGAACAUCCACGAAUGUGAUCAGCACAUCAACCUUGUGGAUUAUAACAAGGGUGAGAGGGCGAAAAACUCAAGUGAUGAAGAUGAGCCAAGCUUAAAUGAAGAUGGCAAUGAUGGCCAUAACGAUGCUGGCAAAGGGAAGAAGGGGGCUCCAUGGCAGCGCAUGAAGUGGACUGAUUCGAUGGUGAGGCUUCUGAUAACUGUUGUUUCUUACAUAGGGGAGGAUACUACUGCUUCUGAUUGUGGCAGCGGGGGAAGAAGAAAAUUCGCAAUCCUACAGAAGAAAGGGAAAUGGAAAUCAGUCUCAAAAGUCAUGGCUGAGAGAGGAUGUUUUGUCUCGCCCCAGCAAUGUGAGGACAAGUUCAACGACUUGAACAAAAGAUACAAGAGGCUUACGGAUGUCCUUGGGAGGGGAACUUCUUGCAAAGUUGUUGCAAACCCUGUACUGUUGGACAUGAUGGACCUCUCUGAAAAAGCAAAGGAAGAUGUUAGGAAGAUAUUGAGCUCGAAGCAUCUGUUCUAUGAAGAGAUGUGCUCCUAUCACAAUGGGAACCGACUGCACCUCCCAGCUGAUCCAGCGCUGCAGCGAUCCUUGCAAUUGGCUCUUAGGAGCAGGGAUGAUCAUGACACUAAGAGGCAUCUACAAGAUGACGUUGAUGAAGAAGAUCAUGAUGCAGAAACUGAUGAUUGUGAUGAUGAAUCUGAGGAUAAUCAUGCCUUACAUGGGGACAAUAGGGGUGUUCCUGGGUCAUUCGUGAAGAGGAUGAAACAUGGACAGGAUCAUGAAGAUGUGAAUUUUGGAAAUCCCUCAAAUUCUCAGGAUCGUAACAAAAGGUCCCAAUCUAGUGCGCAAAUUAUCCCUGCUGACAUGAAUCAAGUGUUCCCUGAAGGGUCCAAAGAGGCUUGGUUACAGAAGCAGUUGAUGCAAUCUCGCUUACUUCAGUUGGAAGAGCAGAAGUUGCAAAUUCAGGAACAAAUGUUGGAUCUCGAGAAACAGAGGUUCAAGUGGCAGAGAUUUAGCAGAAAGAAAGACAGGGAGCUGGAUGAGCUGCGAAUGGAAAACGAGAGAAUGAAGCUUGAAAAUGAGUGUAUGGCAUUAGAUUUGAAACGUAAGGAGUUAGAAAAUGAUUAUAACUGAAUGGCCUGAGCUCACACUUGCAGUAAUACAUAGUGUUCUUUAUUGGAAAGCUUCUUUGGGACUGGGACUUACUGAUGGCCACCCACUUCACCUGAAAGAAUGUUAGCCAGUUUGUGGAAGCUGAGUUGAGUCUAUCCAUAGAAACACAGUGUUGCCAUAGGUCAUGGUUAGGCCUGUCUAUGGUGUGGACAUAUCCAAAACCAAAAUUCAUGUAAGAAACUAUAUUUUAAAGACUUCUAUGAGAUGAAGAUUGAAACUGUAA